UCGAAUUGGAAAUACCGCGGAUAAAAAAAACUCGAAUUAAAUUGAGCAAAUAUUCAUAACGUUUUUAAUGCAGUUUCCACAAAGUGUUCUUCAGCAUGUUUCUUGUUAUCAAUAAGCUGCAUGAUAUGUAAAUCUAUUUAUGGGGUAACUCCAAGUCGAGCAGCAAUAGCGAGUGCCUUCAAAGUUUGUGGCUUUGUUUUAUGGCCUCGAACUUUUGAAUUCAAUUUGUUUUUGGGCAGCUAAAAGUUAUUGAUUUAAUUCGUAUCUGGGGAAUGCUUAAUCAAAAGUACUCGGAUAUAUGACGUGCAGUAACACCCUGUUUUCCCCAACACUUUUACAAUCGGAAAAUGGGAAGGGAAAAGUUGCUGGGCCAUGCGUGUGUACGUGUGUGUGUGUGCUGCUCGUUAGCUCAGCUCAGUGGAGAUAGUUUUCCGACUUUCCUUGUUUUCCUCAUCGAUUGGGGAGCCCAGUUGCUCAGUAUCUGCAAGUAGUAUUCAUUUUCUUGUGGCCAAGUGGGCCGUGUAAAAGCUGACAGUCGUCAAGGCAACACUUUAGAGAGUCCAGUCAGAUUUCGUUCGGAAGCACGUCAUCAGCACUAUAUAUAUUUUUCAAGCCUUUUGUGCAUAUAUAUCUACUGUAUUAAGUACGAGAAUUUGGCGUUAGCCAUGAGUUAUACGAGGGUUAAGAAAAUAAGUAGCAAGACGAAUAAUGAGAAGACGCCAAUGGAUGAGGCAGAAAAAGAGGACAAUCGUCGUCGUCUAAAGCUUUUGGGUCGACUUUCGCGGGCACCCGGUAAAUGUCCAGUGAGUAACUGCGAUCAAGUGGUGUUCCCAUCGGGUCUGCUAGUUCACCUGCUGCACAAGCACACCACUAAUCCAAACACCACCGUGGUUGUCCUCUAUGACGAACAACGACUGCGAAGAACCUUUAACCCAGAUAGUUUCGCAUACGACGAACCACAGGCGCUGACUGUACUCCUAUAUGCUGGCACCCAGGGUAAGCCGCACACUCGACCAGCUCGGCGGUACUUGAGUUUUUCCAAUUGCGGUCUUCUUCACAAUCGCCGUCAGUUCGAGCAUCAUUUGCCCUUGGUCCUGAUGAUUUGCAAGACCUCGUUGUUCUCCAUGCUGCCGGACAGAAAAAGCGCCGAGAAGCUGGAGGAAAGGUUUGGCUCGCCGGAGGACAUCGUAUAUGUCAUCUGGCUGGUGGCGCCAGUCACCUCAAGUCGAAUGAUUUAUACGCUGACCAUCUUCGAUCGCUACUACAUACAAUCGCGCAGUGUCAUACGGAAAGCCAGGAACUACGUACUGCCGCAGCAUCCGAAGGACUUUCUCAGUCACGAUACCGAUUACCUGUUGCUGCGCCACGAGGAGGCCAUGGAUCUAAUGAGUGCCGAGGACGACGCGGAUAAUAAGACACCGUACAUUGAACUAGAACUGCUGUUGCAGGAGGAGCCCCUGCUGAUUUCGUCACGCACACCGCCGAGCGCCACACAAUUGCUGAGUACUUACAAGGCAAUGAGAUUGAAAAUGCCACGUACUAAAUUGGAAUUGCAUAGAGAUUCGCGGGGGAGACUGUCUCUCAACCGAAAGCCCCUUUCAAAUCCCAUGAUUGUAAGUGCAGUCAUCAAAUCUUCACUGGCAUAUCCUUCAGAAUCUGGUGGUUUUCUGGCCUUUGAACGGCAAUGGGAACAGCGCACAAGGAUUUCCACGAGGGCAAAGGUUAGAACUACAGAAGAAUCAAGCGAUCAAGAAUCAAGCGAUCAAGAAUACUCCGUUGAUAGUGACGUAACGGUGGCACCCAAUGGAGAUACUUAUCAAGAGAAGCUCGAUGAAGCCAAGAGUACCGAAGUAGAAGUCAAAGGCAAAGGUCCCGAUAUCCUGGCUCCAGAAGUUAGUCCCACAAAACUCCAACCCAAGAAAAAGGAUCAUAGUCGGUACAGUGAUCAAUUCAAAGAUCAAUUGGUGAAGUACGUGGUUGCAGCCGAGCGGAGAAAGGACAAAGCACAGCAGCUGUUGAAAAGCAUGGAAAGCUAUCUAGAGGCUUGCCGAGAAAGUGAUGAAGAAGAUGCUUCAAGUGAACUCAAACAUUUUCUCAAUGAAUUCGCUGUGGAGAGAUCCUUGGGCGACAAGGACUUAAGCCUGCGGUCGAUCAAUAAAAGAAAAAGAUAUAUCGACUGCAAAAAAAAACGUCGCAAGAAAUCCGAAUCCCAGUCGCAAAAAGAGCCGUCAGAGUCACGCGAAAAGGCCGGUUCGAGUCGAGAAGCAGCGCGAAAAUGCUUGGAGGAAAUCCAAGAGAGUUCCAUUAGGGAUCUAAAGGAAUCGAUAUUGAAUUUGCGAGUACCGAUCACCAAUGAAGUACUGCAAACGGUUAAGGAAGCCGUGGUUAAUUCGGUCAAGGACGCGGUAAUUAAGGUGGCCGAAGAGACGAUAAUCACCAAACUAGAUGUAGCGUCUGAAUUAGAACUCGAAAAGGGGGAACCGGAAGUUGCAACAGAACCAACAAAACCAGAGACGCAAACUAAGAGUGUGCCGAAAAUGGAACCGCAAGAUGAAGCUAAACCGGAAACGGAAGCUCAAAUUGAAACUGAAGGGCCACCGAAAAACUAUACCAAAAUUCCAGACGUUACCGUCAACAUUGAAACGGAGUUCGCAUCCUAUUGCGAUUUGUAUUCAGAGCGCAAUUAACAUUGAUUUUGUUUCGAAUUUGUCAUUGAAAAAAUCUUAGGUCCCUUUCAACCAUUUCCAUUUUUGUUCCCAGAAAAUUGUAAAAGUUUCAGUACAAUAAGUGACCUGAAUGCCACUAGCAUGCCAAAUAAGAUUUUUAUAAGAGCAGAAA